AGCUUCCUCUGUUAUGCGGGGAGAUAGUUACUUUGCCCAGCUAAUGCUCAUCAUGAAGCUUUUGGGGAUACUAUUUUUCAGUUUUUGCUUGGACGGGUUCUUUCUUGGGGUCCUGUGUGCCCCUAGUUUGAGAAAUGAAGGGACUUCUGCACCCUUACUUUUCUCAGAGGUGCAGGCCUCCAAGAGAUCUCCAUUGGUUCUUCUAAAAGAAAAUGGCCAAGGCCCACAUGCUUCUCUUUUCAAGCUGCUGUCUGGCCAUGAUCCCCAGGACUUGGAAAGCGAUGUCUCAAGACCAACCCUAGAUUCUCGAGCUGUAAAAUAUAUGAAAAAGCUGUAUAAAAUGUUUGCUACUGAGGAAGGUGUUCUUAAGACCAACAAAAGGCAUCUCUACAACACUGUUCGCCUUGUGUCACCACAUGCUGAAUGCAAGCAUCCCAUUACUAACGGAAAUCAUUCAAUAGACCUGUUCUUCAGCUUGGAUUGUGUUACUGCAUCAGAGCAUUUACUCAAGUCAGCUUUACUCUUAUUUGAUGAGUCUGUGUCCACAGCUUCAAAUCUUACCUGUGUUUCCAAAAUCAUAGUUGAGGAAAAAAGUAGUGCCACCAGUCAAGUGUGCAUGGAUGUUCCACAUGCAAUGGUAUUCAAUCUGCAUUUUGAACUUAGACGCAAAUGGAUUGAGAUUGAUGUAACCACUAUUCUUCACCCUUGGAUAGUCACCAAGAAAAGAAACCUCCAUAUAGCUGUGAAUUUUAUCUGCUUGAAAAAUGAACAUUCUCCCAACUCUGAAUAUGAUUUCUUCAAUAUUGCACAAAGAUCCAUUUUUCUUCUCCUCUAUACUGCUGACACUAGUGAGCACACUUAUCACAGAUGGAAUUUUUUCAGAAAAAAACUUACAAUAUCUGGUCUCAACAAGGGUCCUUUCACAGUUCCCAGUGAAGAGGCCAGGAAAGGACUUAAACAGGGAAGAGCACCUCGUCACCGAAGAGAAGAUGGGAAAAUGAAAAACACUCCAGUUCCAAUAUUUAACAUAAGUCAGUAUUACAAACAGUUCUCUCUUCCUCAAAAUGAAUGUGAGCUUCACAGCUUUUGGUUGGAAUUCAGUGAACUGAACUGGGACAAAUGGAUAAUUGCACCACAUAGAUACAAUCCUCACUAUUGCAAAGGUGACUGUCCAAGAAUUGUUGGCCAUCGCUAUGGUUCUCCAAGGCAUGCAGUAGUUCAAAACCUCAUGCGGGAGAAACUGGAUUCUUCUGUCCCUGAACUUUCCUGCAUUCCGGCUGACUACAGUCCUUUGAGUGUUUUGAAGGUGGAGGCUGAUAAAUCAAUUGUAUACAAAGAAUAUCAGAAUAUGGUAGCAAAAACUUGUACAUGUCGUUAA